AUGAGGCGAGCCCUUAAAAAAGAGCUAAAAGGCUCGAGUCUUUUGGAUCUACUAACUAACUGCGGGAGACCGCAGGGCCCAGCGGGCUCACUAGCGGGGGCCGGGCCCGCCCGGGCCGGCCCCGUCAAAAACUGCGACUCCUCGCCCACGCCCGCGCCCGCGCCCGCCCCGCGCAUCAGCGUCAGCGCGGCCGACGACGAGCCCGCCGACCGCCGCCGCCGCGUGCACCUGCGCUCGCUCAGCGACGUCACCCCCGCCCCCGCCGCGGCCGCGCCCCGCGCGCGCUCGCACUCGGAGCGCCCCGCCCCCUCCCCCGCGCGCCUGCCCGUCGCCUCGCCCCGCGCCCGCGCCGCGCGCAGCGAGACCUGCUCGCCGGAGCGCGCGCGCGAGCGGGACGGCGCCGACCCCUGGCGCAAGAUGAGCGACGUGGAGCUGCCCCGCGAGCCCGACCCGCGCGACCCCUGGGUGCGCUCGCCGGCCUCGCCGCGGCGGCGCGGCAGGCUGGAGCGGCGCGCGGCGGCGGGCUGCACGUGCGCGUCGCCGCGGCGCCGCGAGCCGGACCCGGCGCCGCCCGCCCCGCCUCCCGCCGCGCCGGCGCCGGACCCGCUGCUGGAGACCACGUGCUGA